AUGAAGAAAUUGAAGAAUUCUACGGAUGUCUUCAGCCCCAAAUGGAUCAAAUAUGCAAUCAAGAUACAUGAAUACUUAUGGGUAAUUGGGAUGCAGGAUGCAAAAGCUGGAAAGAAAGAAGUGGCAGCAAAUGGAAACUAUGGUCUUGAUGAUAAAAAUGAAGCUGAAGAUCACAUGAUAGAAUUAUGCAAGACCAAUGACGUCUUCAUCCCAAAUACCUUUUAUUCAACAACGCAAAAGGCGACUGUGAGAGGUAGCUUCUCCUCUCUUGAAGUGUCUCUGCAAGGCGAGUUCCAGAGGAAGCUCUACAAGGAGCUGGUCAAGAACUACAACCCUUUGGAGAGACCGGUGGCCAAUGACUCGCAGCCGCUCACUGUCUACUUCUCCUUGAGCCUCCUGCAGAUUAUGGACGUGGAUGAGAAGAACCAAGUUUUAACCACAAACAUUUGGCUACAAAUGUCUUGGACAGAUUACUAUUUGCAGUGGAAUAUGUCAGAGUAUCCAGGCGUGAAGACUGUCCGUUUCCCAGAUGGUCAAAUUUGGAAACCAGAUAUUCUUCUCUAUAAUAGUGCUGAUGAGCGGUUUGAUGCCACGUUCCACACCAACAUCUUAGUUAAUUCCUCUGGGCAUUGCCAAUACCUCCCUCCAGGCAUAUUCAAGAGCUCCUGCCACAUCGAUGUACGCUGGUUUCCCUUCGACUUGCAGCAGUGCAAGCUCAAGUUUGGAUCCUGGUCUUAUGGAGGGUGGUCCCUGGAUUUGCAGAUGCAGGAGGCAGACAUCAGUGGCUACAUGCCGAAUGGAGAGUGGGAUCUUGUGGGAAUCCCAGGCAAACGGAGUGAGAAGUUCUACGAAUGCUGCAAAGAACCCUACCCAGACGUCACGUUCACGGUUACCAUGCGGCGCAGGACCCUCUAUUACGGCCUCAACCUGCUCAUCCCCUGUGUGCUCAUCUCUGCCCUCGCCCUGCUGGUGUUCCUGUUGCCCGCGGACUCUGGCGAGAAAAUCUCCCUGGGGAUAACAGUCUUACUGUCGCUCACUGUCUUCAUGCUGCUGGUGGCUGAGAUCAUGCCUGCAACAUCUGAUUCGGUGCCUCUGAUUGCCCAGUACUUUGCCAGCACCAUGAUUAUCGUCGGCCUUUCUGUUGUGGUGACAGUGAUCGUGCUGCAGUACCAUCACCAUGACCCUGACGGGGGCAAGAUGCCUAAGUGGACAAGAGUCAUCCUCCUGAACUGGUGUGCCUGGUUCUUGCGCAUGAAAAGGCCAGGGGAGGACAAGGUGCGUCCCGCUUGCCAGCACAAGCAGCGCCGCUGCAGCCUGGCCAGUGUGGAAAUGAAUGCCAUGGCGGGACCCCCCACCAGCAAUGGGAAUCUGCUCUACCUUGGAUUCCGGGGUCUGGACACCAUGCACUGCGCACCAACCCCUGACUCUGGCGUUGUGUGUGGACGCAUGGCUUGCUCACCCAUGCAUGAUGAGCAUCUCCUGCACAGUGAGCAACCUUCUGAAAGUGACUCAGAUCUGGCCAAAAUUUUAGAGGAAGUCCGUUAUAUUGCCAACCGCUUUCGCUGCCAGGAUGAGAAUGACGCCAUCUGCAGCGAGUGGAAGUUUGCAGCCUGCGUGGUCGACCGCCUGUGUCUCAUGGCCUUCUCUGUCUUCACUAUCAUCUGCACCAUCGGCAUCCUGAUGUCCGCGCCCAACUUUGUCGAGGCCGUGUCCAAAGAUUUUGCUUAGCUGGUUCUGCGGACAGACGGGAAUUGUCUUGGGUCUCAAGGAAUAUAGGAUGGUGUCACACGGGAUCACAAAAAUGCACCUUUAAUGCUGCUUAUCAAUCAUGUUACAUUUCGUUGUUAUUUGUAGUAAUAUCAGAAUCUCAGAAAAGUUUUCUUCUGUCUUCUCAGGCUAAUGAUUUCCCUUGAAGCCUCCUUGGGCCGCUGAGAGGUCUUUUGUCCAUUCCCUACCUUCUGGUGCGCCUUUCAGAGGUUCCAGAUAGCUAAUGCCUUUGAGGGAGGCCUGUGAUUGGUUUUGCAUGCCUGCAUGUCACUUGUCACAAAAGCCUAUAUGCGAAUUCAGCAUAGGCUUUUACGUAGGUACAAAGCUAGAUCAAAACACAUACUAACAACAGACAACAAAACUCAUUAAAUCCAUUCAUGUAAUUGACUGGUGAAAGGAAAACAAAUUACAACAUUAAACCCCAAAACAUCUAUCUUCUGGUUUUUUCUGUAAUUCCACAUUUUCCCCCUUUACCCAAAAUAAUUUGUAGGGACAAAUAGUUCUGUACUAUUUAUACAUUAAAAACAAACCAAGAUUCAUCGCUAAUUUGUCUUAUAAGCAAUAUUUUUACCAUGUUGACUCGGUUCUGAAACGCUACCCAUCAAGGGGGGGGGAUACAGUUUGUGCUGAUUGCCCUGAAUCAGCUUCUCUCGAUCCCAGAUGGAGCUGUGCUUUCUGUGUUGUUCCAGGACACUAGGCAGUAGACUGAGUUCUGCAAACCUCGAAGAGCAAGUAAACAAAAAGCAUUUAUCCAAAAACAGCUAAGGCUGUGUGUGUGUGUGUGUGUGUGUGUUUAAUAAAACAGUGCAAAGAUGCUUCCAA